UGCAAAAUUUGACGACUUAGCUAUAAUGAUAAAUUUUAAAUAAAUCGCAUAAAGCUAUAAGCAAACUUUUGAAAGAAACUGAUAGUCAUGUACUAAUGUUGGUGUCUUAUGCGAAGAAAAUUCAAGACUUUUUUAUUUCUUUAUUCUUCUCAACAAUAACUUGUAAAGAUGGCAGCUGAUUUGAAACAAAAAAUUCAAAAUGAUAUUUCAGACUGUGCAAAGAAACUGAAAAUUCUUUUAAAUAAAUAUAUUAAAAGUGUUGAAGACGGAAAACAACAUAUAUCAUUAUUGGUUGCCCAUCAAACGUCUCUGAAUAGUAUCAACACUUCGAAGAUAAAGGAUACAGAAACCUAUGACAAUAAUCCAGAAAUAAUGGCAAAACUUGACUUUAAUUUAAAAAGCAAUUUAAACGUAGAAGAAGAAGCACUGGAACUUAUACUAGAGCAACAAAAUGUUAUAUUUUCAUCUGUUAUGAAGGAAUGUGAUAAAGUGUCUAGCAUUUUACGAAAUUCUAAAGAUUUAGGUCUGACCUUGAAUGAUCUUGCUAUAGGUGAUGUUAACCAAAGUCCUAUUUGUAAGAAAAUUGAUGCAUUUGAUACUUUUCAAAGAAGGUUUAAUGAUAACCAUCUUGCACGAAGGUAUGGUCUUAGCUAUUAUAAUAUUGGAGGAGAUGUGAAUAAAUUGCCUAAGUUAUGGGAUACCUCUAAAAUUAAGACUAUUGAAAAAAAUUUACUGGACAUUACUUCAAGAUGAAGUUGGUUUCACAUUAAAAAAAAAUUUUUAAACUAAAAUGCCAAAUUGUUUUGUAUAAGUUAUGCAUUAUUUUAAAAUGAAGUUGGUUCUGUGUUGCAUCACUAUCUUUGCAUUUACUAUUUAAUGCAAUAUUGUUUUUAAUAAAGUUUUUUACACAUUGUCAGUUUUAA